CAGGGAGCGGAGGAAAGUUCAGUCACUCCCGGAAGCGCAGAAAGAAAGAGCCGCCGCCGGGUAGCGCAGUCUGUGUCCCAGUAGCGGAGUGACCUGUUUAGAAUGAGCGGACGCUCACCGGUUGCGUGUGCGGAGCAAUGAGUGCGGGCUCAGAGGAAGAGCCGCUCAGCAAGAGAGUCCGUGUACAGGGACCGGAUCGAGUCACUGAAGCGCCAGAGACAGAAAGUGUCCCCCCGGAAAGCCGGGGCACCAGCAGCACAGUGGGGAACAGAGUUUUUAAACAGAGGACCCUCCAUUCUUGGUUUGGACAUAAAGGCAGAAGAGAAUACACGCUUGAAAGGUGUCCUAGUAAACGCAAUCACAGCCUUAUAGCCAUCAAGAUGAGCUCAGAUGGAAAGACCAAUGAAGGUGAUGAGAGCAUGGAUACAGACAACUCUUCAGGCAGAGAAAAUCACACUAAAGAUCACAACCUAAAUAAUCCAGAAAUUGAGAGAACACAAAAAUCAAAUGACAUUGUCUAUGAAGAAAAUAAGUCAACAACAACAAAUUUGUCACCAAGUGAUCCCACGUCUCCUAAUUCUGAAAGCCCAGAACAGAGCCCAGGUCCACUUUCAGAUAAAGGAGUUGGAGACCUAAACAAUCUAGAAAAAGACAAAACAUUAAAACCUUCGUCAGAUGACAAUAAUGCAGACCGUAAAGAUGAAGAAAGUAAGUCAACAGCUACAAAUUCGUCAACCAGUAAUCCGACUUCUCCUAAUUCUGGAAGCCAAGAGCCACUUUCAAAUGAAGGAGUUGGAACAACAUUACAUGAUAAAGAGACACCGGCAUGUGAACAUGCACCAGGAGACAGAGAAAGUGAUACUGAGUCACCCAUGGAUGUUGACAAUCAUGAAAUAGAAUAUGAAUCAAUCCAGAAGUCAGAAAAAAAUUCUGACUGUGAAUUAAAAGAAGAACAACAAGAGAGCUGCAGUGGGAAGGAUGAAGAACCAUCUGGUGACAGUUUUUCUAGUGAAGCUGGAGCAUCAGCAAAAAGUAUUGAAAGCCAGAGAUUACAAACAGUGUCUGGUCACCUUAAGGGAAUUGAAUUCCCCCUUAAGCCUGGAAAUAGGACAGAAGAAAUGAGCAGUAAAGAUCUGCCCAGAGAUAAUCAAAGACAAUUGGCGGAACAUUCUACAUCAGACCGGAAAUGGCUUGGCACUCCACUGGAGCACAUGAAGAGAAUGCCAACAUGCAACAUGGUACAUUCAUCACUGAGGCCUUCCGACAACCACACGGUCACUGUAGAGUAUCCCAAUAUACAUGAGAAGGUGGUGCCUAAACCCUACCCAAAUUCAUUUAUUGACAAAUGGGACAACUCGUAUGUUAAAAUGCCCUGUUCACAACACAACUUGUAUCCAGUGAAUGACCAGAAUGGAGGACAGAUCACUGCUAGUCGGUGGAACCUUAUUGAGUCCUCGCUCAGUAGCAGGAUCAGAAACCCACAUGAUUUAAAGGACGCAAUUCUGGCAUAUAACGUGUCAUAUGCCAAGAGAUGGGACUUCACUGCUUUGAUUAACUUUUGUGUAAAGGUGAUGGAUGAUGCUGAGCGUACACAUCUCUUCAAUUCUAUUCUUCCUGACAUGGUUUCAUUGGCUCUCAGGCUCCCUAAUCUCUGCACAAAGCCUAUUCCAUUGCUGAAGAAAAGAAUGAAUCAUUCAGUCACCAUGUCACAGGAGCAGAUAUCUUGUCUUCUGGCCAAUGCUUUCUUCUGCACAUUCCCACGGCGGAAUGCCAGGAAAACGAAGUCUGAGUACUCUACAUACCCCGACAUAAACUUCAACAGAUUGUUUGAAGGAAAAAAUCCAAGAAAAGCAGAAAAGCUGAAAACAUUAUUCUGUUACUUUCGGAGAGUCACAGAGAGAGCGCCUACAGGUUUGGUGACAUUCACAAGGCAAAGCCUUACUUGGUUUCCUGAGUGGGAGAAAUCACCCAAGAAGCUGAGAAAGCUCCACAUUACGUGUGAAGGAACGAUUGAAGGUAAUGGACAUGGAAUGUUGCAGGUGGAUUUUGCCAACCGCUCUGUAGGUGGUGGUGUGACCGGCUCAGGUCUAGUCCAGGAAGAGAUCCGCUUCAUCAUCAAUCCUGAGCUGAUAGUAUCACGCCUCUUUACCGAAGAGUUAGAGCCCAACGAGUGUCUUAUUAUAACAGGUGCAGAGCAGUAUAGCGAGUAUAAAGGCUACGCUGAAAGCUACAGAUGGGAUCGUCCUCAUAGAGAUGAAACUGCACGAGACCACUGGCAGAGACGAACAACGGAAAUUGUUGCAAUUGACGCUUUCCACUUCCGAUCAUAUACUUCCCAAUUUUCCCCAGACAUGAUAAAAAGGGAGCUGAACAAGGCCUACUGUGGAUUUUUCCGUGAAGGAAUCCAGCCAGAGAAGCUGUCAGCAGUUGCAACGGGCAACUGGGGUUGUGGUGCUUUUGGGGGAGACCCUAGGUUAAAAGCCUUAAUACAGCUUCUGGCAGCUGCAGAAACCGGGCGAGAUGUUGUAUAUUUCACCUUUGGGGACAAGGAGUUAAUGCAGGACAUCUACAAAAUGCACCGCUUCCUUACUGAGCAGGACAAAUCAGUUGGUGACAUUUACAAGUUGCUGUUGAAUUAUCAUUUUGAUGUAUGCAAGAAAUCAUCUUCUGCAAGACCAGAACCAAAACUGUAUAACUUUAUAUACGACAAUUCCUGAAGCAUUUUGGCAAAAGACUUUCAUAUCAAUUAAGAAAACAUAUCACUGCUGUAAUCCACCACAGUAACCUGAAUCUGCUGAGAGUGACAUAUGGAUAGUAUAUCCGGUGUAGAUACCAGUGCAUAUAAUGUAAUCCUUUUAGGGCUGUGUUUCUAUGAUUUGAUUUUAAAGUAUUACGCUUUUCUGGAAUAUUUUUUUUCCCAUUGAGUUUUCUUAUAUUUCAGAGUUCAUAAUUAUUUUAUUAGAUUAUUUACAGGGACGAGAGCAUAACUGUGCCACACCAACCACUGAAUGUCCAUAAUAUGUGUGUUCCUAGCUGCUGCCACUGUAUAAUCUAAUCUAUAAUGCAGCAGCGGCUCAGUAUCAGGGUUGGAAACUACAUGAGAGCAAGCUGUGUCCAAUACCAUCGCUGACAAUAGCUAGCCAGUAUCUAGCAGGCCAUCAUUGGGAGAUGUCAUUCAGUAGAAGCAGCUGUGCUUAUAGUUUCCUGUCCCUCUGUACAAUCCUUUUAGUGGAUAUAGUGACAGGGCUCUGCUCAUACAUGGCUUACCUCUCUAAUACAAGCAGUAAUGACACUAACUUGGCAUGAAAUGCCGCUGAGUUUAAGGUGCAGAAUGUGACGGUUCUCAAUAAUUUGCCUUGAUCAAUAAUAAAACAACUAUAUAGUAAUAAAA